GCAGGGUUUUAGUUCUAAGCUUUUUUCUUCCAAAAACAGCAGCCUCGGUUAAAAGAAAAGGGUUUUGAGUAGAUGGGGGCGAAGGCGAGGAAAGCGUCGAAGAAAGCUGUAAAGAAGGCUUCUUUUCAAUUUCCGAAUUCUGAUUCCAAAACUGCAUCUGCGGAUUUCCUGCCAUUGGAAGGCGAUCCAUCGCUUGAGCUUCCAGAAACCAAACCCCUACAAAACAAAGCUACCGUCUUAUAUAUUGGUCGAAUACCACACGGUUUUUAUGAGAAAGAAAUGGAAGCUUAUUUUAAGCAGUUUGGUGCCAUUAAGAGAUUGAGGAUCGCAAGAAAUAAAAAGACAGGAAAAUCAAAGCACUAUGGUUUCAUCGAAUUUGAUAAUCCACAGGUGGCUGAAGUUGUAGCUGAUUGUAUGCAUAAUUAUCUGUUGUUUGAGCAUCUUUUGCAAGUCCAUAUUGUUCCUCCUGAUCAUGUUAAUCCAAAAUUAUGGAGAGGUUUCAAUUAUAAAUACAAACCAGUGGACUAUGUGCAAAUCGAACGAAAGAAGCAUAAUAAGGUAAGAACAUUAGAAGAGCAUAAAAAGUUGGUGGAGAAGAUCCUAAAACGUGAUGCGAGGCGUAGAAAGAGGAUAGAGACUGCUGGCAUUGAUUAUGAGUGCCCUGAAAUUGUGGGCAUCGUUCAGCCUGCACCGAAGAAGAUAAAGUUUGAUGAAGAGUAGGCACUGAUAAGCAUUAAUUACAGAUGCUGAACCAUGAAGUCAAUGGCUUGCACGACACUUUGUCCUGAGGAGCUCAAAUUUGCAGUUUAAUGCUGUAGUUGUGGUGUUUACAAGCAUUAUAACCAAGUAGGAAAUUUUACAUUUAUAAUGUUGGAUCCUGUAAGACCUUGUUGGAAUCAAAAUAUUUUGUUUUCUA